AGCAACAAUGGCGGACACAGAAACGACUCCUCAGAAAAUGGAAGUUGACUACAGUUCAACUGUAGACGAAAAACUACCAAAAUGUGAAAAAUUGGCAAAGCAAGGGAAAUUGACUGAAGCACUGGAUAUACUGAUGUCAUUAGAAAAGCAAACAAGAACAGGAGCUGAUACUCAUUCCACUAGUCGAGUCUUGGUAACUGUAGUUCGCCUCUGUUUUGAAAAUAAAAAUUGGGAUGCAUUGAAUGAAAAUAUUGUUGUGCUAACAAAGAAACGAGGACAAAUAAAACAGUCUGUCACUAAGAUGAUCCAGGAAGCUUAUACCUACGUAGAGAAGACUCCAGCUGGUAACUUGGAUGUGAAGCUUAAGUUAAUUGAUACACUGAGAACAGUAACGGCUGGAAAGAUAUAUGUGGAAAUAGAGAGGGCAAGACUAACCCGAACUCUAGCCAAGAUAAAGGAGGACAGUGGCAAGGUUACAGAGGCUGCUGACAUACUUCAGGAGCUACAGGUGGAGACAUUUGGGUCAAUGGAGAAGAAAGAGAAAGUGGAGUUUAUCCUUGAGCAGAUGCGACUGUGUCUGGCUAAGAAGGACUACAUUAGGACACAAAUCAUCAGCAAAAAAAUCAGCUCCAAGUUCUUUGAGGAAGCAGGAACAACUGAGUUGAAGUUGAAGUAUUACCAGUUGAUGAUUGAGCUUGAUGAACAUGAGGGAUCCUACCUUGCUAUCUGUAAACAUUACAAAGCUGUUUAUGACACACCAGAGAUCAAAGAAAACAAGGACAAAAUGAGGGAGGCCUUGCGAUAUGUAGUAUUGUAUGUGAUACUGGCUCCCUAUGAUAAUGAGCAGUCCGACUUCAUACACAGAGUGAAAGAAGACAGAAAUCUGGAAGAAAUACCUAAAUACCAAGAUCUACUGAAUUGUUUCACAACAGCAGAGCUGAUCACCUGGAAGCAACUGUGUCUGACAUAUGAGAGCGAAUUAAAGUUUGGCUCCACAAGCAGUCCAGCUACCCAUGUCUUUAACACAAAGCUAGAGGGUGGUGCGAAACGCUGGGCCGACCUUAAGAAUAGAGUUGUUGAACAUAAUAUUCGAGUGAUGGCCAAAUACUACACACGUGUUAGGACCAAGAGAAUUGCUGAACUUCUUGACCAAACUGAGGCGGAAUCUGAAGAAUUUUUGUCCAACCUUGUUGUGAACAAGACUAUACAAGCUAAGAUGGACCGUCUGGAAGGUAUUGUGAAUUUUACCCAUCAGAAGGACCCAAGUGACAUUCUAAAUGACUGGUCCCAUAACAUCACUACACUGAUGCAGCUUGUCAACAAAACAAAUCAUCUCAUCACAAAGGAGGAGAUGGUGCACAAGCUCCAUUAACCGUCAUAGUUCACAAAUCUAUAGUGCUACAAUAGUGGUGGACCAGUCAACUCAACACAACUGGUCAACAUACAUUGUUUUUAAACGAAGAAGAGGGACUUUGAGCCACAUUAUUGUCUCUAAAGAUUAUUCAGUGGACAUUAAUUAGUUCAUAAUGAAGUGACCUGUAAUUUCUCUACAAUUUCAUAUAUGACAUUUCAUGGUGACAAAUUAAAAAUAUUUCAUGAAAAUUUCAGGUUAAAUUUUCUUUCAGCACAAGUUUUUCAAGAAGUAUUAUGUUCAAGCUGAAAUAGUUUGAACAAAAUAUUACCCAUCAUUACAUCAUUAAAAUGUUGAAAACAAAAGA